CCCCAGUACCUAGUUGAUUACAGUGAAAUGCAAGCGUGUACCUUCACUAUGGCUUUCGAUUGGCUGCGCGGCGCAGUAAAUUAUUAAAGCACUAUGGACACAGUUCCAAUGUUAUCGUAUCGGUCAAUAAAUGCUACCUAUGCUGCAUAUAAGUAGAUAAGUCAUGCUAUAGGACGCUAAUACGCGAAACAAGGAUGACGAUCUAGAUACGACGUUUCGUUGAUCCUUUGAGAGGGGAGAGUUCAGUCCAUACUCCACAGUAGAUUAUUCUGGUUCAGUCCAUCUCAGGGAGCCUAGCAGUAAGGACAUCUGUCUCAAUGGUCAAUUUGUGAACCUAUCCGUGGAUGCGAUUAUGAACAUUACCAAUGAUGGCAAUGUAAUAUCAGAAGAGGAACAACCAGCAGUACAAUCAAAUUUAGCUUGCCAUUUACCAGUUGUCACUCAGCCCAAAGUAAACCAAUCAGCAAUGGCGCCUCCAGCAGUCUGCGCCCAACCAGUAGAAACGCAACCACAAUCAUCUCGACAACCCCAACCUUCAUCUUCAUAUGCCUCAAUUUCAACAGCAAAGCCUGUUCAAAACACUGGUGCUAUACCAAAAAAUGUUAAUUCUCCAAUCCCGCAAACAGAUUCCAUCUGGACUGAACAAAUUAGGAAUAUAAUAUCCAACCACAAUCAAGGUAGCAGAAUACUGAUUCUUAUGAGAGGUGUACCGGGCAGUGGUAAAUCAUAUUUGGCCCGAAAAUUAGUUGAUAUGAUGGUUGGCGGCAGCCAUAACAACUAUAGAGCUCAUAUAUUAACAACUGAUGAUUUCUUCAUGAUCAGGGGCCAAUAUCAAUAUGAUAAGUUUAGAUUAUCAGAAGCGCACUCAUGGAAUCAACAGAGAGCUAGAAAUGUGUUGAGAAUGGGAAUGAGUCCUGUCAUUAUAGACAAUACUAAUAUUGAAUUAUGGGAAAUGGAACCCUAUUUAAGAGAGGGUGUUAAGAAUGGUUACAUUAUUGAAGUAGUGGAACCAACAACACCGUGGGCUAAAAAAGCUAAUAUACUAUUAAGAAAAAAUGUCCACAAUGUGCCUUUAGUGUCCAUAAAAAGAAUGCUAGAAAAUUACCGCGACGGUAUAACUGGCGAAAUUUUGAAGAAUGCAUAUGGUUUGUCUUAUCCUAGUGCUAUGGUACCUCCUGUGCAGCGCAAAAUACCAAGUAUUCCUAAAAAGGAAAACGUUAAACAAGAAACUGCCGCCACCACUACAGCAGCUGCAACAGCCACUACUACUGCUGAAAACCCAAACAAGAAAUUUUUUCGUUCGCCAGCAUCGCCAGUGAUUAGUACGGAAAAGUCGGAACAACAGAAUGUUGCUAAACAAACCUUGCAGCAAGAAACCUCCCAAAACGAGACUUCGAAUUAUUUAAGUGGUAACGCCUCUCCAUGGACACAAGAAAUGGUAGACGACAUAAUGAAAUUCGAUGCCCAAGAAAAAAAACUAGAGGAAAUUCAGAAAGUAGAAAUAGAAUGGGAAAAUGGCGAUAAUUGGGAAGUUGAAGAACAGUCUUCAAAACAAACUGAAAAAAAGAAUACUUUUAAUACCAAUGCUACAUCGAUACCAGAAGCAAAACCUCAAAGAAAACCUCGUACUUCAUCAGAAGCGCUCCGAGAAUCUGCGGAAAUUCUUAUGCAAAACGUUAGCGGCUGUCAAGACUGGAGCAAAAUAUCGUUAUUUAUGCCGUCUUGGGGUGACUCAGCAACUACACUACCAACUGUUCCUGUAGCUAAAGACGUACCAGUUGAAACCACAUCUUCGGCAACCUGUAUGGAAAUCGGGGACACAGAUGUCAAUGGAAAAUACAAGGUCAUCACUGCUACUCCUCGUAAUAUAAAUCACCUUCACGUUUCAUUCCACCGUGAAAAAAUACCAGAAAAGCGCAUGCUAGAUAAAAGUAGCAUGACUAACGAGGUAAUGCUACUUCCCAAUAAUGAUUUCGUUUGUCCAAAUACAGAACAGCAUUUCAUUUCGUUUAGAAAGAUGUUCAUGAAUAUUGCUCGUUCGGAUUUAAGAGAUAUCUUCGAUAAAUGUCGCGGUGAUGUUAACUGGAGUGUGGAGAUCGUUCUCGACGGAAUGAAUAAUAAUCAGUUCAAAAUAAUGGACAAUGAAGAUCUGUCAGAUCCCGAAGAAGAAAUUUUAGAACAGUGCUCAUGCCUGGCUCAUUAUAAUAUUAUACCAGAUGUUGCUACAACCAGUGCAAUGCAGACCCCCACCCCAAAAAAAGAUAAGGUACCAGAAGUGGCAAACUCAAAGCCCCAAACACAAAAGAAGGAAAGGAAGCGUGAUGUUGCCAUGUCGGAAGAAAAUAUUCAAAUUAAAAGGCAAAUAGAACAGAAUGUAGUCAUAGCUGAUAACCACUAUUCGAAGCACUGCUUAAAGAUACGGAAGAUACGUCGUGGAGAACCAGAUGUGAAUGAAACUGAUGGUGAAGAACUUGGAGCUGCUGCGCUCUCACAACCUACGACAUCUGACAGCUCUGUCCCCGCAGACAUGGAUGUUAGUGAUGACGAGAACAGCUCUUCUGGGUCUAGUGUAAGCGGUGUUGAUGAUGAUCUAAUAGUCACUUUUAAUUUGGGACACUCAUUCAUAACAGAAUUAGAUGGAAAACUAGGCAGGACGGGCAUGGAAUAUCCAUCGUUCAUAGUGCCCAGGAUUAGUGUUCCGAUGUCUUUGUUGAAUGAAGUCAAUGCCUUAUGGAUGGAAUCGUUGACGUUUCAGUUAGAUGAGCAUGCGAACCAGGCUGCAGCUAUGAUGCAACAAGAUGAGGACUUUGCAAGAUCUUUAAUUCCUUCUUUCUCUUCUAGAGAACUAGCGUUGAAAGAACAGGAAUUGUCUCUCGCCGGUAAAGAACCAGAAGUACCUGACUUCAAGGAGAUCAUGGAUAUGGAUAUGGCGCUAGCUAUCUAUCAGAAGGACGUGGCUGAAUGGCGCAACAACAUGCCAACAGAUUUAGCAGCUAAAAUGACUCGAGACAAACUCUUCAACUUAUUCCCAGAAGUUAGUCAGGAUACUCUAACUGAACUGCUCAUGGCGCAUGAUAACAACUUCAACGCUACUGUCGAGGUUUUGCUCACGUCUACUGGUCGAGGCGAUGUUUUGGAACAAGAAAAUGGCGUCAAUAAAUUCGUGUUGGCUGAAGAAAUGAAGGUCAAAGACAAGAUUUUAGAGGAACAGAAGAAGGAACUAUCGGAAACGGAAUGGCCUCUGCUGACUAAAGGCCAAAAGGUGAACAUGGCUACGGUGGAAGCAUAUCGUGAAGAAGCUGACAACCAUCUUGCUCGGCGCAAUCUAAAUUACCAGAAGGCUCAAGAAUACAUUCGCCGCGGCAUGACUCAGGUGGCAAACUAUUACUCGGAAAUUGCUAACUUCCAUAAGCAGAAAUAUGAGUACGCGAACAGUUUGGCUGCGGCUUCCUUGAUGCAAUUCCACGCAACGAACAAUCCAGACAGCACCACCAUUGAUCUGCAUUACUUGCGCGUCAAAGAAGCUCGAGAGUCUCUCGACAUAUUCAUCGACACCCACAUCUCCAAGCUCAGAGACUCUGGAGUACGUCGCAACCAGAUGCUGUUCUUCAUCACCGGCCGUGGAAGCCACAGCCAGGGCCGUGCCCGAAUAAAACCAGCCACGAUUGAACGCUUGAAGCAACGCGGCCUUGGAUAUACAUUAAAGAAUCCUGGCCUGGUCGCUGCUAAAGUGAACGUUAACACCAAGUUAACGUACCAAGUAUCUGUUCCCUAGGGAAUGUGUAUCCAAGGCAGUGACACCUUCUUUUACAAGAGACCGUGUCAUGUCUUGCUUGUAUUCGAUGGCGCUUUCACAUUUUACAAUGGCAGAGAAUACCCAGUUUUCUUCCCAGUCCUAGCCACAUACGGACCUGUCGUCUAUUGCUUACGCGCCUGCACCGAUUUCAGGUUUGCCAAAGAACUUACCAUUUGGCCUAAGUCAGACGAUUUAGAGUUAAUCACUAAAUUGUCCCAAAUAAGCAUUAUUUGCGAUCCGCCGUUUUAUUAUGUUAAUUUUAAUGCGUUUAGCGUCUAUCGUUACCAACCGUAUAUAUAUUUUCCGAUAGUGCCGCCGCCUCCCGCGGUUAUUACUGAGAUAUCACAGGCCUGGCCUGGGCUCGUCUAAUUUGUAUUGGUGUAGGGAUCUUCUUGGCGAUCAAACAUUCGCCUAUUAUACCAGUAAUAUUUUUUUAGCUUGUAGUACAUGGUUCGUUGUCUAUAUUAAAUCAAAAACACACCAGUGUUUAAUAAUUGUAAUCUUAAUACCAAGGGAUUAGGGUUUAAAUCGUAACACACAAUGUUUCAACGGAAUUUAAUUAUUUAACGCAACCCAGUAAGAGUGCGCUGAUAUCACAAAAACACACGAAUCAUAUCUAGAAUAAGUUGUAAAUGUUUGCUCAAAAGAAACGUUUUUAGUUUAUAUGUUUUAAGUAUUACCAAAAAAUAGUAAUAUUAAUAGAAAGCAGAACCCAAAUGAUUAAGUUUCUACCGUUUUUGUGUACAAUUUGACCAAUUUUGAAUACUAAUUGAAGGAAACGAAGUAGCUUUUGCACAAUAUAGUUACAUUUACAUUAUCGAACGAUAAUAUUAUACAAUGGGCUUUUAGACAAACCAUGUCAUUGUAAUCACAUUGAGACUUGAUAGCGUUUCGCUUUUACAUUUGAUAAAAAUAAUUAUUUUCAUCGCACUUUAAUAUUGUACAUUAUUUUAGGCCAUAUCAGCUUACUGGCCUUUGCAGGUCCUGUAUUAUAUUGCUCGGUAUUCUUGCCAUACGACGCUAUGAAAUAUUUCAUCUAAAACAAUCUAAAAGUACAAUUAUAAAUUGAAUCUGCUUUGCAAAAAUACGGCUUGAUAAUACAGCUCCUGUACUGGCGAGCAUUAACCCCAUUAUUUGAUAAUAUUAGUUACUAUAAGUUUAUUGUCUGUGAUCGUUACAGGGUGUAACAAAAACUGUUUUUUUGGAAACCCGCUAAUAAUAAUAUUAUAAUCGAAAUAUUUGACAUAUUGGUUUGUUUAUCUCCUUUAACGGACCGUCCAAACAGCCCUGUUUACCUUUUGGUAUUCCCUCCCAAAGACAAGAACAAGUAACUAUUUAAUAAUUAAAUAAAUCUAUAUUUUGAUCUUAUAUUUCGCUUGAAAUAUUUGUCUAUCUCUAGUUCAGUACAUAUUGAUAUUUUAAUCAACAUUCAACUUUAUUUACACGCCCCUAGUACCUAAUAUUAGUUGCCGAUGAUAUUAUUUUUCUGAUCUUGUGGACCACUCCAAACUUCAUCAUACCUCAUUAAGUAUUUUUUCGUACAAAUGUUUUUAAGACAGUACAUAUUCGUAAGAUAGUCAACCACACCUAAAGCGGUAUACAGACGAGUUUAGUAAUCGAAUUUGUUAUAAUCAUAUUCUUAUAUUAUAAUCUGAACAUUGUAAUUUUUGUAAUUGGAAGUCGACGUUAUAUACAUCACUUUAUAUCGAAUUAAAUAGUUUUGUAACUUGAGUAUACAAGAAAUUCGGAAAAUUUUGCAAAUUGAACUUUAAUGUGGUAAGCUCAAAGAUGGUAUUUGUAUCUUCUAAAAUAUUUUAAAAAUUGACGAUUGUGCCAAAAAGCACUAUUGAAGGAAUUCGUGUGCUGGUAUUAACAAUCCUAGACAGGGAUUUGAUAAAUGUUGGAAAAAUUUAUAAUGAUGCCUUUUUAUAAACAUUACCAAGGCUGAAAGUCUAUUUUGGGUAAAUUAUUGAAAAUUGUGGCUUUUUGGCCGAAUAAUGUGUUAAAUUCGUACAUCUUAUUUUAUUAUAAUGAUCUAAACUAACGUUUUUGAAGGUUUACUGAAAGUUAAAAAUCGUCGAAGUACCGUUACAUAUUUUUGGCUGUUGACUAUGCCACUCUUUGAAACGAACAAACGUAUUACGUAGUGUGUGUAUUGCAUAUUUUGAUGUCUAUGCUUAUUACAAUAAGAUUCAUAUCGUAGGGCAGUUUGCCAUUUUUGGAAUUUUAUCAUAGACAGUCCUUUUACGGACUUUAGGUGUAGAUCGUAGGAUUUAGAAAUAAGUGAUUUCAAACUUUAUUCAUAGGAUUAGGGAUCGCUCAGGCUUAUUCGUGUCCAUACAGUUCAUCUGAUAAGAGUUUCCAGAAGUUUCUGUUAGUCGAUAGGUAGCAUUGCAAGUAGGGAUCAUGCGAAUAAGUCAGGUUUAUCCAGUGAAACAAAAGUAGUUGUGUAGUGUGACACUAAGGUAGAUGAAGCAUUUGGACAGGUCUUAUGAACUUGAUAUUAAUUUGUAACAAAUUAUUCAUUAUCGACUGUCCAGUGCUUCGUCUGUCCCAGUAGUAUUUUUGGAUUCCCACCUCUUGUCGUAUGUGACACUUUAGAUGUUUUUAUUCGUCUUUACAAUAUACGUAGGUGCCUAUAGGGUGAAUUAGAUUUAGAUCGAUGAUGCGUUGCAUUGCGUUCAGUACAGAUUUGCACGGAAAUGUUUGGAUCGGUCAAUAGACUUAUUGGUCUUGAUAUGGAUCCAGUACGCAACUAGAGUGAAUUUAAGUCUCGCUACGUAGUUAUCAUACGUAAAAAUGCGAGAACUUAAAGAACUUGAUACAUACAUAUUGCAGUUUUUGAUCUUGUGCUGAACGCAGUGCAAAAGCACUUAGAUUAGGGUAGGAACGAUGUGUGUUAGAUAUUAGGUCUUAGAAUUUCACUUUUAUUUGAUUUUAAUUUUAAGUUUAAAGUCAUUAAGAUUUUUUUUAACUUGCUGGUUUAAAUUAGUUCUUUCAUUCGCAGCUCGUGAACGAC